AUGAUCUUGUCCUCUUCACACAACUUGAGACUGAAGUAUCUGUCUCUGGGGGUGCUGGUGUUGCAGACCACCUCGCUGGUGCUCACCAUGCGCUAUUCUCGCACCUUAAAGCAAGACGGCCCCCGCUACCUGGCCUCAUCUGCUGUGGUGUCAGCCGAGGUGCUCAAGAUCCUGACCUGCACCCUCCUUGUCCUUGUGGAGAACAAAUUCAGCGUGCGGGCAAUGAACCAGCUAUUGAAGGAGGAGAUUGUGAACAAGCCAACACAGACCCUGAAGCUGGCCAUUCCUGCAGGGAUCUACACGCUGCAGAACAAUCUGCUCUAUGUGGCUCUAUCCAACCUGGACGCUGCAACGUAUCAGGUCACAUACCAGCUCAAGAUCCUCACCACAGCACUGUUUUCUGUUUCCAUGCUGGGAAAGAAGUUGGGCCUCAAUCAGUGGCUCUCUCUGCUCUUCCUCAUGGCUGGAGUCACUCUAGUGCAGUGGCCCACAGACUCUGCAGGAGACAGCGAGCAGAAGAUCCUGUCAGCAGGUUCUCAGUUUGUGGGGCUAAUGGCUGUGCUGAUGGCAUGUGUGUCCAGCGGCUUUGCCGGGGUUUACUUUGAAAAAAUUCUUAAGGAGACUAAACAGAGUGUGUGGGUCCGAAACAUUCAGCUGGGUUUGUUCGGCUUUGUGUUCAGCUUUGGAGGAAUGAUGGUGUAUGAUGGCCAGAGAGUGAGAGAGUCAGGAAUAUUUCAGGGCUACAAUACCAUCACCAACAUCGUUGUUGUCUUACAGGCUCUGGGCGGACUGGUGGUAGCAGUGGUCAUUAAAUAUGCGGACAACAUCCUCAAAGGAUUUGCCACCUCUCUUUCCAUCAUUUUGUCUGCAGUCAUUUCAUAUCUCAUGUUAGAGGACUUUAGUCCUACUAGUUUAUUUUUCUCAGGGGCGGUGCUGGUCAUUGCUGCCACUUUUCUUUAUGGCUAUGAGCAAAAGCCUGUAAGCAGCACAACCAUCAAAGUGUAAACUGAGACUUCUGUGAAUGGUGCUACCUGACUGAAGCGAUGACAGCAGGACUUUAUGAACUGUGACAAGUAGUUUGCUAAACAGAAAUUACCAUAUCGGGAGAAGUUACUGCCAAACUUUCACUGGAGACUGUUGAGCCUGUGUGUGCCCUAGAUUCUCCUCAGAAAACAUGCUGCUUUGCACCAAAGAUGGAGGACAAGAUUGUGAAAUAAAAUUGCUUUCAGUGA